AUGAAGGACACUUCGCCUAUCGCAGAUGAAGCAGCACCAAACGAGCGUCUCUACGUCGGGAACACUGGCGUCAUAACAUCCGCAGAGAUUCUCGCAGCUUGGUUUCUUGUUACUGGUUGGAUGAUAGGCUCAACCGAUGUCAGGGUUAACGCUUCUACUGCUGUUGGUGAUGGCCAAGUGGACAGUCCCGCACGCCCGAGGCAAAUCGUCAUCAGCUUGUCGAGGAACCUAACGCGCUAUGGAUCCUUCGAAUGGCUGGUAGUUCCAUUCGGCCUGACAGGCGCACCAGCAGCCUUUCAGCGGUAUAUUAACAGCGUGCUCCAGGAUUACCUCGAUGAUUUUGUGUCAGCGUAUAUCGACGAUGUCCUGAUCUUCUCCUCUGGAAGCCUGCAAGACCACCGCGACAAAGUCGGCAAGGUCCUCCAACGACUGAUGGACGCUGGGCUGCAACUGGACAUCAACAAGAGCGAAUUCGAAGUCAAGGCUGUGAAAUACCUUGGGUUCAUCAUCGAGGCGGAGUGUGGGAUCCGAGUCGACCCAGAGAAGGUUGAGGCUGUGAAGGGAUGGGCAACCCCGACGAAUAUUAAAUCCGUGAGGAGUUUUAUCGGAUUCGCGAACUUCUACAGGGUGUUUAUGCCAGACUUCUCGGUGAUAGCGGAGCGCUAA